UUCUGGGACAGAAAAGGGAGUGAAGGCACACUGAAGACAGCGGAGUGACUGACCAGAGUUUGAUAAGAGUAACAUUAUCAACAGUGGACGAUGAGGACGCUGCUGUUGCUGUAUCUGUGUGUGUACGUCGCCUGGGCUCAGGAUAAUCUGGAGUUUGACGACUAUGAAACAGAAGUUUCAAACGCAGGGAAUGAAACUGGAGGAUCGGUAGACGUUCGUGGUCACCGUCCAGUAAUGAAGGGCAGGGAUCGCUACGACCCCCACCGCUAUGCUCCACCCCCUAUCAGCGGUGGUAGCAGGUAUCGUGGCCGCCCCACCCCAGCUCCAGUCGGAGGACCACAGAGGCAGGAGAAGGAGCAGCAGCCAGAUGCUGGUGGAUGCACACAUGCCUCAGAGGAAAUGGGUGUUUUGUGUCCCACUGGCUGUGAACUGAAGACUACACUGGUGAAACAAGAGAGGAAUGUCAAGACAACCAUUAAGGAGCUCAAGCCUCAGGUGGACGACUUGACCAGAUCUAGCAAUAACAUCUACAACUACGUCAACGGCAUAUCCAACUCUCUGAGGGAGAGGCAGAGAAUCAUCACGGCCAACAGCAGGGUGGUGAGUCAGUACACUGACCAAGUGGAGGAUCAGCAUUCCUACAUCAAGGAGACGGUGGACACUGUCUUCCCUUCCAACAUCAGAGUCCUACAGGGGGUCUUGGACAAGAUCAGGCUGAAAAUCCUGAAGCUGGAGAAGGCCAUCCAGACCCAGAGAGAGCAGUGCAAGGAGCCAUGCAAGACCAAAUGUCCUAUACCUGUGGUGUCUGGUAAGGAGUGUGAGGAUAUCUUCCGUCGUGGAGGAAAAGAAUCCCAGAUGUACUUGAUCCAGCCUGACCCCUUCUACCCACCAUACAAGGUCUUCUGUGAUCAGUCCACCCAGAAUGGAGGAUGGCUUCUCAUCCAGAACAGGCUUGACGGCAGUGUUGACUUUGGCCGACGCUGGGACGACUAUCGUCGUGGAUUCGGCAACAUCGCCUUCGAUGUUGGCAAGGGUCACUGUGAGACUCCUGGUGAAUACUGGCUGGGUAAUGACCGCAUUAGUCACCUGACCAAGAUGGGCCCGACUGAAGUUCUCAUUGAGAUGCAGGACUGGACAGGGGCCAAGGUUCAUGCUCAGUACAACCAGUUCACCAUCCAGUCAGAGUCAUCCAACUACGUGAUGGCGGUUGACGGUUACUCCGGUAACGCCGGCAACUGUUUCCUGGAAGGAUCCUUGCAGCUCUUUGGUGAAAACCGCACCAUGACCAUCCACAACGGCAUGAUGUUCAGCACCUACGACAGAGACAACGACAACUGGAUCCCCGGUGAUCCCUCCAAACAGUGCUCCAGGGAGGACGGAGGUGGCUGGUGGUACAACCGCUGCCACUCGGCCAAUCCCAAUGGCAGAUACUACAUUGGCGGUCCCUACACGCCCAACAUGGCCAAGCACGGCACAGAUGAUGGCGUGGUGUGGAUGAACUGGAAGGGGAGCUGGUAUUCACUGAAGUCCAUCAGCAUGAAGAUCAGGCCUUACUUCGCCUCCAGAUAAACGUGUCGGAGGAUGUCAACACAUAACACACACAGGAAACCGCCAAAAUAAAAGAAGCACCAAAGUAAAGUGUCCUAACAGGGCUUUGGGUUUAAUGAACAACCUGAACAUCAAAUAAUCUUGUAAUAAAUACUGAAGAACUUUCUUUAUUUUGGCUGUAACCUGUAUGUUAAAUGGACACACACAUUUACACCCAAUUUGUCAGGACAGUGUGUGAAAGAAAUGAAGGUGAAGAAAAUAACGUCUGUUAAAAGCAACAUGAAGCAUUAAGCGUCUAAAACAAAAGAAUAAAUGAAGAGAAGAUAAAUAAUGUCAGAUAAAUUCCACAGAUAAGAACAGAAACCUAACUGGUUGUGAGUAAAUGACUGUGAUCAGUCCUUGUUAUGUGUGACGUCUUCAGUGUGCACUACUAGGAUGAGUUGAUGUCAACUAUCCUCCACUACUCAAUAAACACAUUGAGGAACAUA